AUGGAAAGUAACGUUUUCAGUUUGCCGGAAAGUUUUGACACCGGCGACGGUGGCCUUGGCCGCCACGGUUCGAGGGCUGCCAGAAACAAGCUGCCCCAAUGGCUGGUGCUGUAUACAGUGCUUGUGAAGGAACGUGAGCAUGCUGAGAUCACACAUCUGUGCCGUGCCACAGAUGUGUUUGAGAAUUGGAGCAAUGCGACCCCAGCAGAGCUUCAUGAAAUCCAGCUUUGGAGCGGCUACGGCCAAAGACAGAGGAAGCGUGACCGUGAUAGGCAAGCUCAGAAAGAGUUUUUUUGUUUCGUGCUGGAUCGUUGCUUUCUGCUCCGGUCGCCGGUGCGAUUGAAACGGGAGCAGUUUCAAGGCAGGCAGUUGCAGCGUGUGUCUCGUCCGACCUAUGAGGUGUACAAGCUUUUGAGUGAAGAGCCAGGGCAACACUUGAUGGCUUGUCCUUCUGGGGGAGAUUUGCUCCCAGAGUUGAAGCGGGAGAAAGGGUGGUUGGUGCAGGUCCCACGGGGCCUGGCCGUUCUGUCUCAGACACAGGCAGUGGCCACACCACUGAAUCUGUGGAUGCCGGGGAGCAUGAUGGCAGGCUUGCACGUUCAGGCCAGAUGGAACAAAAGCAUUGUGCGUUUGAGCUCCAUGCAGGAGAUACAAAUCGUCAGGUUAAACUUCGCCAUGCAGAAUGCCAAGGACAUUCCUGUCGUUGUGAGCUGCGUGGCCCGUUUCCUGGAGCCGAAGCUAGGGCCCUUCGACCCUGAAGCUCUUCAGCAGAUGCUUGAGUCUGUGCCUGGUAAGUACAAACUCCACACCCAAAUGCUUCGCCUGGAUUGGCUUCACAUGCACCACAGAAGAUGUCUGAUGGCAGAGCAAGCCCUCUGUUCUCACACGUCUGUCAGCAGAUUCUUGAGCAUGGAUGCCAGCCCCCAAGGGGGGUACGAAUACUUGGCAAUGACAGAGGAAGUUCUUGUGAGAAAGUUGCCGUUCAUGCCACCGGCAGACCCAUUUAAAGGUUUCUCACACGAAUUUAGGUUAAUGCCUGUCAUGACUUUGGCCAGAGGAGAGGCCAGGACAUUUGUCAAGGCCCAAAGGUUGAAGUCUGCAAUAAUCCUGGAGGCUGGAGAGCCUCAUUUCCAGCUUUACAGGAAACAAGUGAAGGGCUGGGUUUCAGAUCAAGGAACGGAGCGAUUGAUACCGGAAUGGCCCAUAGGCGACGAGGCUGCCAUGAAAUCCUUAGCAGCAUCCUUGAAGGAGGAGGCCACCCUAGAAAACCUGGCUGCUGGCACAAGUGAAGCCUUCCUUUUCAACAGCCUGAAGCAUCCAGGGAUCCUCCACGUGCUCUUCAAUUCACUUGAAGAGUGCUGCAAAGGGUGCCCAAGGUGGGAUGCAGUCGAAAAGCAGGUGUCUGCCGUCUCGAAGCUUUUGACGAACAGAAGCUAUAAGGAGAUCGUGGUUUCAGUCAUGCUGAAGCAUGCCAGCGGAGAGCACAGGCGGAUUGUUCAACGAUACCAUGGUGAACUGCUGUCCUGGCGGUGGGAGAGUCUCCAUGCCGAUUCUGUUGGAGCAUUGGGAUCGUUCUCUUUGUCCGAUGCUGCUUUGUGCGACAUGGUCGAUGCUGCUCUGAAAGAUCCUUUCCAUCUUGCAUAUGUGCAUUGGGCCUUCAUGUUUGCUUGCUUUGUCCAAGGUUGGGCACAUUGGUUUGAGGGUUGUUUUUGCCACGAGAAGGAACUGCUGGAGAACAAGUCCUCUCGGACUCGGACCACGAUCAAGUGCCCGUGGAAAGGCAAACGAUCUUGUGUGCUCUGUGCAGGCUACAGGGAUGAGAUCACCAACUCGGUCUAUCGUUUGGCUAGCGCCUCGCUCACAGAGGUGCUCCUGGAGCUUCCAGACGAGGUGGGUGCUGCAAUGGCCUUGAUGGACCAGAAAGCCCGUGACAAAUGGGCUUCCAUUGUCAAGGGAAAACUGGACUAUCUAGGUCAUGUUCCUCAUCUGCUUGCGGCCGGGUUUGCCCAUCAUGCAAGACCAGACCUGUAUUCUUUGCAACAAUCCAAAGAUGCUGUUCGAGAGUGUUUCACUCAGUACGAGUCUCUCCGGGGGCAGGGUCGAACCACGGAACUGCUUGAGAGUUUGUUUCACAGAAAAGGAGAUGCAGGAUUGGCUGAGCAGUUAUGGAGCUUUUGCGAAAGCCCCGCGGACAAGGUGCUGGAGGACUUUCCCCUGGCAUUUGCUGAAAUCCAAGAUCGCUCGUUCUGCCCCAUGGCGGAACGAAGCACAGAGCGACAGCACGUGCUGAUCAAAAUAGCUUGCCGGAGGACACUUCGACAUGCUGGGCCAGCAAUGACAUGUGCACGGGCCCGCAGGAGCCAGCUGCAGAGUAUGAUCGACACUCCUAAGGAGUGUAGUUUCUUGGAAGCCAACUGGGGUUCCAAAGGGCUGGACCUGGAACUGCUUUCGCACAUCAUGCCCAAGGCCGAAUGCAUGACCAAGACCCGCAGCUACCGAGUUGCUCGCAUCUACGGCUAUCACGAAGAAGACCAUUUUCUCGACCACCAGGCUGAUGAAGAAGCAGCUGCGAAAGCCUUGCAGGAUAGAACACAGCUGGCACUCCAGGAUGCGGCUGAGGACGAUGCAUCAGGAGUCAAGACUUUGGAGAAAAAACAGUGGAUGAUAGUAGACUACCUGAAGUCCCAAUUGCAGAGUGGCAUCUUGUUCAGCUUGCCUGAAGGCCUUUUCCGGGCCAUGUUGGCAGGGCCCCCCUCAGAGGACUCUGAGGCUGUGCAUCCAGAGAUAUGUUUGGAUUUGGAAAGUUUUGCUGAGGCUUUGCUGCCCGAGGACAAUCCAGACGUAUCUGCCGAGGACUUGAUCUACGGCUAUGUGGUGGAUGCGAGGCCUGAGAGAAGAACACAGAACAAGGCCCUGGCUCAAGAAAGCCACAAGGGUUUUGUGCAUGUGCUCCGCUUCACUGCUGUUGAUCUGCAACAGCCGGCCGUGCCUCAUGUGUUGUACAGCAACACAAUGCAACACACGUUGGAUUUCGCAAAGGUAGCAACUCCGGCCAUGCUGAAGUUGUUGUCCUCGGAACUGCGUGUUUGGACGGCAAAGGCAACUUCGGUUAAAGUGCAGAUCAUGCCCCAGGCAGGGUCUUCAGAUGCCCUUGUGCACGACGGCCCUUCUGCGGCGCUCAGAUUGCCUGCCUUCGUCACAGACGAUGACAUGCUGGAUGAUCUGGCACGUGAGGAUGGAGUUGUGUCGCUUCAGCAUGCAGCAGCAGGGCCGCAAGCCGAAGCUGGCAUUCUCCCAGACAACCAGCAAUCCUUGUUGCAGGGUCUUCUUGAAAGGCGUGCACUGGGUGAAAACUUUGUUGAUGUCAUUCAGCUUCCGCAUUACAAUGCGGAUGCAUGCAGGAGCCUUGUAGACAAGGGACUUGUCCAGGCUCGCGUGGACGAUUUUGGAGCAGUCACUGUAGCAUUGAGCGAGGCCACCAAGGUCACCAGUCGCUUGGCUCUCCGAGACCCAACACCGCUUUGCCAAGAAGAGACGGUCAUGAACAAUGGCCCCGGCAGGAAUAAACUUGCGUGGUUGAAGAUGCUGUUGCAGGAUGGAUGGAAAGCUGCUGCGACCGGUGAUUGGCACAACCGAGGGCAGGCCCUGAACUUGCCCUCAGGUCUCUUGGACAGGCCAGAAAUGCACUUGAAAGCCUUGUGUUUUCAUGUCAGCCUGUGGGAAAAGGGCUUGCUCAAGAUCUCCCACUCAGGCAGUGUUGCCUAUUAUGAGAUGCUUCUGAAAGAAACUACUCUCUCUGCUGUGAAUGACUUCAGUUUAAAGCAAUGCAAGGAGUUUGCUUUCGAGAGAAAGCGGAAAAGGCCAGCACACGGACAGAGUGCUGCGAGACCCGAGCAGGGCAUCUUGCGGCUUUCUUUGGACCUGCCCAGUCUGCCUGCCGUUCCGUGCCGUGUUCCGGGAAUGGCGGACUUGACAGUCCACUUUGAUAACUGGAGUCAUUCAUCCGGUCAUAGACGAGGAUUCAUACAAUGCACACGGCAUGCGAAGUGCCGGCGAUACAGCUUCCUCAAGAGCCAUUGUGACCAGGCCACUUGUGUGGCCUGGCUUCUGGUUUGGUGCCAAGAGGGACACAGAUUCGAGGACACCCGCCAGCAUGUUGCAUUCAACCCAGACCCCGCUUCUGUGUCCCGAAUGAAAGAGAGGCAGCGGCUGGGUGCGUGA